AUGUUUUCACACAAGCAUAAAAUAGCAGGAACAAAUGCAUACAAAGAACUACAACUCACGGUUUCGAGACGAACUGAAUCCGUUGCUUCAUUUGUUCAACAACGAAUUUGGCUUCAUGAACGACUGUAUUUUCAUUCUUCCGACCUGUCUAUCUACAAUAUUUUGGUACCAUUGAUAAUCAAACAAGGUUCAUUAUCUAUCGAACGUAUUCGUUCAAUUGUACUCACAUUAAUUGAACAACAUACUGUUCUUCGUACUGCUGUUCGUUUUAACCCACAAAGUAAUCAAAUCGAACAAUGCAUUCAGGCAGCCACCGAUGAUAUUUAUUCAUUUAAACAUUCACGUGGUAUUAGUACAUCAGAACAACUCGAUCGGCUACUCACAAUUGAAUCUAUAGGAAAACACUUUGAUGUUGAAACAGGAAGAGUAGUGAGAUGCCAUAUAAUCCAACGAAGUAAUGAUGAACAUGAUCAUCUCUUGAUGGAAGGUGAUCUUCUUGCUAUUACAUUUCAUCACAUAUCAUUCGAUAACAGUUCACUUAAACCAAUUAUGGAAGCAUUUAAAAAAGCUUGUUGGACUGAUCGUCAUAAAAAACCAGUAUCAUCUAUUCUACAAUAUAUCGAUUUCACAUUAUACGAACAGACAAUGUUAGCCGAUACAAGAAUGGACUCAAAAAUGAAUAAGGCACGUCAAUUUUGGUUCAAUGUUAUGGAUGGUUAUGAUUGGAGUCGAAUACGACAGUUGGUACCUGACAAAACAGAUAUCAAGCAGAUACGUUCAGGUCGUGGUUUUUCAACUGCAUUUUCUAUCAAUCAACAUGUUGUUGAUGCAAUGAUGUUAUGUGCAUCCUCAAAUAAUAUCACUAUGUUUACGCUGUCACUUUCUUGUUAUUAUGCGUUCUUAUUCAAGUUAAUGAAUGAUGACGAUUUGUGUGUAGCAGGUAACAUAGCUAAUCGAUUUGUGCAAGAGACAAAAGACAUGAUUGGCAUGUUCGUUAAUCUUGUACCGUAUCGAAUAAAAAUUGAGCCGAAUGAGUCAUUCGAUCAGCUGCUACGAAAGGUACAACAGCUCAGUAGUAAUAUUCUUGAACAUGGUUGUUUACCUUAUCAGCAUAUUAUUAAUUCAUAUGAUCAACGAGAGCAUGAAGUAUUACCUUCAACAUUAUUUCAUUAUGAAUCAUUAAUGUCAUCUAUAACACAGAAUAAUAAAUUGGAGGCAACUACAAACGACGGUACUGUUCUUGGCAUCUAUUUCGAUCGAGAUCGAUCUCAUGGUAAUGGAACAGCACUGUUUGAUUUAUCAUUCACAAUAGCUCAUGAUCACCACUCACGAAGCACGGAGUGUUUUCUCGAUUGUUCGGCUGAUAUAUUCCAUCAUCAAGCUGAUGUUGAUCUACUUGCAAAUCGUUUUCUACAUAUGCUCACGCAACUCUUCAGUUCCUCAAUGACUGAUGACCCAAUGCAUAAUCAAUAUAGUAUGCCUAUUAGCAGAUUGUCACUUAUUUUACCAGAAGAAAUUGAAGAAAUGCAAGGAGUAAUCUUUUGUAGAUUACCGACUAUUAUGAACGAAGCACCAGCAUCCUAUGCACAAGCUCGUAUUUGGUUGGAUGAACGAAUUCGUUUCGAUUCAGAAAAAUCACAAAUAGCAGUUUACAACAUGCCAUUUAUAUACCGUUCCUUUCCAAACCAUACUCUAUCAGUUCAACAACUUUAUAAUGCUCUUCAAUUAGUUCUUGCAAAACAUCAAACACUUCAUACAUCAUUAAUCUUUGAUACAGAAACGAAUAUACUCAUGCAAAGAGUCAUUGAAUUAAAUGAUAACAAUAAAAGACUAUUACAUUAA